CCAUUUUGUUGUACAUUCAGCAAGGAACGCUUCUGCUGUUUUGAGGCAAUCGGCUAAAAGGACAGAAAGCUUCGGGUAUUGCUACAAAAAUGGCUCUUAAAACAUACGGCGACAAGCCGAUCAGUUUCCAAGUGGAAGAAAAUGGAGAAUACUAUUGCGUUGGUUCGGAGGUCGGCAACUACUUGCGCCUCUUCCGAGGCAGCUUGUACAAAAAGUAUCCUGGCAUGGCUCGUCGUUUGCUGACCAACGAAGAACGCAAACGUCUCCUCGAUUCGGGCAUAAGCAAUCAUUUGCUCUCGAGUUCCGUAUCCUUGCUGAAGGCGACCGAGGUGCAGGAUGUUCUCGAUGGAAAUGACGAAAAGUACAAAGCCGUCUCGGUGCACACAUCCGAACCGCCUGCACCGAGGGAAAGUAAAUCUAGCAAGAAACAACCGCCGUGGGUGCCCACCAUGCCCAACUCCAGCCAUCUGGACGCGGUACCGCAGGCUACACCGAUUAACCGUAAUCGAGUGUACAACAAAAAAGUUCGCACAUUCCCCAUGUGCUUUGACGAUACAGAUCCGACGUUGAACGUAGAGAAUGCCUCACAGUCUGAAAUUCUUGUACCGAUUCGAUUGGAUAUGGAGAUCGACGGCCAGAAGCUACGAGAUACAUUUACAUGGAACCGCAACGAGUCGAUGAUUACUCCGGAGCAGUUUGCGGAAGUGCUGUGUGACGAUUUGGAUCUCAAUCCAACACCGUUCGUGCCGGCGAUAGCGGCAGCGAUCAGACAACAGAUCGAAGCCUAUCCGGUCGAGCCGGUCGUACUGGAGGAGGGUUCCGAUCAACGGGUGCUGGUGAAACUGAACAUCCACGUGGGCAACACUUCGCUGGUGGAUCAGGUGGAGUGGGAUAUGGCCGAGAAGGAAAACAAUCCAGAAGAGUUUGCCAUUAAACUGUGCGCUGAGCUCGGGCUGGGUGGGGAGUUCGUAACAGCUAUCUCAUACUCGAUACGGGGACAGCUGUCCUGGCAUCAACGAACCUAUGCCUACAGCGAAACCCCGCUGGCUACGGUAGAGGUGCCGUUCCGAACACCGAGCGAGGCCGACCAAUGGGCACCAUUUCUAGAAACACUGACCGAUGCGGAAAUGGAGAAGAAGAUAAGGGACCAGGAUCGAAACACGCGUCGUAUGAGGCGUCUGGCGAAUACUUUCACAUAAGUGCAAGUACGUAGAAUAAAUAUUAGACAGUAAACUUUUAACAAUUAUUAUAUAAAACCCAUCUUAAGGCCCCUUCAAAUGUGUAUGACCAGAGACCGCAAUAAAUAGUAAGAAAUAAU